CUCUGCGACCGCGAUGGCUGCGCAGCAAUCCCAGAGCAUCCAAACCCUCCUCGAGGCGGAGAAGGAGGCCGCAAAGACCGUCCAGCAGGCGCGCCAGUACCGCGUGCAGAAACUCAAGGACGCACGCGCACAGGCAGCGAAGGAGAUCGAGCAGUACAAGCGGCAGAAGGAGGACGAGUUCAAGGCCUUCGAGGCAUCGCACGCCGGAAGCACACAGACAGCACAGGCUGCGGUCGACCAAGAAACAGUGGUUAAGCUACAGGAGAUUACAGAUGCAUACAACGAGAACAAGGACCAGGUCGUCAAGAAGCUACUCGACCGCGUCGUACUAGUCAAACCGGAGCUGCACCGCAACCUCAAGAAGGCGCAGGCGUAGUGCCGUCCCUUGUAUCCCAUUAUCUAAUAUAUCACAGCAUUCGUACCCAGCGCAGCAGCGUAACUGCAAAAUGAUAUAAUACCCAAUACCGCAGAUGCCGGCAUGCCCCAGCCGCCGCUCGAUGGGUUGCUGACGGCGAAUCAUGGCCAACGAGUGAUCACGGCUUUCCUAACCAGUCCAGGCCUAUGGGCAUCAUGGGACUAGACCCGACCGGCACAUUCCCUCGCAGAGGCUGCAUCGGU